AUGAUAUAAUAGAAAAAUUAUUUUAACAAUUUAGAUGAGUUUUUAAACUCUUCACUUUAAUCCCAUUAGGUUCUCCAUAUUGAUCUAAAUCACAAAAAAAUUGGUGACCAAGGUGCUUCAAGCUUAGGUUCUGCUUUAGCAAAGUGCAUUAAUCUGUCAAAUUUAACACUUAUUUUAAGUAGAAAUAAAAUAGGUGAUGAAGGUGAAUCAAGCUUAAGUUUUGCUUUAAAAAAGUACACUUAUCUCUCAAAUUUGACACUUAAUCUUUAUGACAAUAAAAUUGGUGACUAAGGUGCAUCAGGAUUAGGUUCUGCCUUAGCAAAAUGCACUAAUCUCUCAAGUUUGACACUUAAUCUAAAUGUUAAUAAAAUUGGUGAUGAAGGUACAUCAGGCUUAGGAACUGGUUUAGCAAAAUGUACUAAUCUAUCAAAUUUAACACUUAAUCUUUGUGACAAUAAAAUUGGUGACCAAGGUGCAAUAGAUUUAGGUUCUAAAUUAGAAAAAUGCAUAUAUCUCUCAAAUUUGAUACUUAAUCUUAGUUACAAUAUAAUUGGUGAUCAAGGUGCUACAGGCUUAAGUUCUGUAUUAGAAAAGUGCACUAAUCUCUCAAAUUUGAUAUUUAAUCUUUCUAACAAUAAUAUUAGUGACCAAGGUACUUCAGGCUUAGGUUUUGGUCUAGCAAAGUGCACUAAUCUCACAAAUUUGACACUUCAUCUUUGUAAUAAUAAUAUUGGUCGCCAAGGUGCAUCAGGUUUGGGUUCUACUUUAGCAAAGUGCACUAAUCUUUCAAAUUUGACACUUGAUUUUGAGUAUAAUUAAAUAGGUAAUGAAGGUGCACUAGACUUAGGUUUGACUUUAUAAAAGUGCAUUAAUCUCUCCAAUUUGACACUUAGUCUUACUAACAAUAAUAUUGGUGACGAAGGUGUUAUAGGUUUAGGGUCUGCCUUAGCAAAUUGCUUUAAUCUCUAAAAUUUGACACUUAAUCUUUAUAACAAUAAUAUUGGUGAUAAAAGUGCUUCAGGCUUAGGUUCUGCUUUAGCAAAAUGCAAUAAUCUCUCUAAUUUGACACUCCAUCUAUCCUUAAAUUAAAUUUGUGAUGAAGGUGGAUCAGGAUUAGGUUCUUCUUUAGCUAAGUUUACUAAUCUCUCAAAAUUAUCACUUAAUCUUAGUUACAAUAAAAUUGGUACAAUUGGUGCAUAGGGUUUAGGUUUUGGUUUAGCAAAGUGCACUAAACUCUCAAAUUUAACACUUGAUAUAACGUCUAAUUAAAUUGAUGAUUAAGAUGUAUCAGGCUUAUGUUCUGCUUUAGCAAAGAGCACUAAUCUCUCAAAUUUUACAAUUAAACUUUCAACAAUAUGCUUAUUUUCUGAGCUAAAUAUCCCCUAGCUAGAAGUACAGUUUUCUGCUACUCGUUAAAAUUAAAAAAUUAAUUUGAAUGAGGAUUUGAAUUUUAUCAUUAAUUAUGAUUAGAAUUACCCUUCAGAUAUUUUAUCUUAUGCAGGAGCUUUGCUAUAUGACAAUGAUGUUGUUGGUGUUAUUAAAUUUGACUAUUACUAAGUUAAAUUUAGAAUAUGGAAUUAUUUCAAAAACAUAGAUCCCCUAAAACCUACUAUUUAAGCACGCUUUUCUGUCUAUAACCCUACUUUUAUUAUGCCAAGCUUAACAACUAUUAGCUUUAAUAUCAAUUUCCCUCCUCAAAAUUGUACUUUGGUAAUUAGUCCACUACAAGGAAUAGCACUUUAAACAGUUUUCUCAAUUUAAUUUUUGUAUUGCAUAGACGAAGAUCUACCUUUGACUUACCAAUUCUUCUAUUAUAAUAGCAUAGAUGAUGCUUAAUAAGAAUUAAUCUCACCAUGGAAUAUUUUAAGAAGAUAAAUAUAAGAUCAGACAACAGUAAAUUCAAUUCAAACUGUAUUACCUUAAGGGAAUCUUGUAAUAAUGAGUUAGGUUAUAGAUUCGCAACUAGGUGUUUAUAAUUAAACCUAGAUUAUUAGUAUUUAAAGUUAAAAUUUAUCAACGAAAGAUUAUUAUCAAUUAGUAAAUUAACUUACUUAGCAAACUCUAUCUAGCACAAACUUAUAAGCUACAAGCUAAUUAAUUACUUUAAGUUUAAUCGGAGAAGACAUUAAUUCAAUCAUUUAAAGCAAUGAUAUGAGCUAUUUAUAGCAAAACAAUGAUUUUGCUAUUCAAAAUAUUAUAGAUUCUUUCAAAAUAUUAAAUUCUACUGUUACAAUGAAUUCUUAGAAUACAUAAAAAAAUUUAUAGGACUAUGAUCAAAUUACUACCAGGUUAGGAAGUAUGUUUUCUUAUUUGAACCUACCUAAUUAAGGGUCAUUAAUUCUAAAUGGUAAUCUAUCAUCACUAUUAAUCGACAAAAUAACUCAAAAAAAUAUAUACACAUAUGUUAAUUCUUUUUAUGAGCCAGAUUUAGAUAAUGUUUUUAGUAUAUCAAGAAACAACUAUGAAUUAAAUAUUUAUGAAAAUACUCCAGAAUUUUAAGCAUACAUUUAGCAAAUGUAAAAUAUUAGUUCAAAUUACACAUACUCAAAGAACAAGCUGAUUUAGACCUAAAUUACUAAAUCGGAUACAAAUAAACUCAUAGAUAAUUCAACAAUAAUUUAUAAUUUUAAUAAUGCUGUAACUAGCUAGAAAUACAACUUGACUUGUAUAUAAUAGAAUGAUAUAUAAUGGAGUAAAAAAAAUUGUGUCCUACUCAAAAAUAAUUAAAAUGAAUCUGUGUGUUACUGUAAUACAUAGAAACCAACAACUAUCAUUGAGGAUAUUGAUGACAUGUUUUUAAAAAAUGAAAAUUUGAAGACUGUGUUUGGAGAGUAAGGAUUCAAAAACAUUGAAAAUUUUAAAGAGUUUUAUAAUUACAUAGUAUUCUGGUUUAUAUUUGCUUUUACCUUGGCUUAAAUUAUUUUAUUCUUCGUAGGAUAAAGACUUGAUAGAAUUACACUUUAAAAGGGUUUUUAAAGAGUGCACAACCAUUUAGAAAUAAUUAGCACUCAAAAAAUUGAACCAUAGCAAGAAAAUUAGAAAGAUAAUUAAAAUCUUAAAGAACCAUCUAUCGCAAUGUGCAAAGACUAAGCUAUCAAUAAUAACUCUCUUAAUUAAAACAAGAUUUAAAGUACAGAAAAUGUUGAAUAUAAAUGUUAAAACAAUUAACAUUUUCCAUUAGUUUCUGAUGAAUUAUCUGCUAAAAUUAAUGCUACUAAUCCUUUUAAAAGAAAAAAAAAAACAUUCAUUAACUCUAAUUAGCACCAAAGCGAUGUAAAUCUUAACUAAAUUAGUUAAAAUAAAAUUGAGUUAAAUCAAAUAGAUAAGAAAUUAAAUGAUUAAAAUGAUAAUAAUGAAGAAGAAAGAAACUAUUUAAAGUAUUGA